AAGUGUGUUCAUGAAGAGGAAACCGUUCCAGACGCUGUCAGAUGAUGUCAUCGUCUAAUGAAUUUAGGGUGUGUGUGUGUGUGUGUGUGUGUGUGUGUGUGUGUGUGUGUGUGUGCAGGAGGAGGGAGGAUCUAUAAAAUGCUGCAGAAAAGGACAAACUCUUCACUUCUUCACACUCCAGCAGCAGCAAAGCAGAACAGAGACCACAGAAACCUAAAACCACAAGCAUGCAGUGUAUGUACAUCUUGCUGUUGCUGACCCUGAGCAGAGUGGGACUGGCUUCUCUGCAGGAUAAGCAGACUGAUUUUGGCCUGAAGGUCUUUUCCCAGCUGGUCCAAGACUCUGCAAACAACAGUCUGGUCUUCUCCCCAUAUGGAGUGGCCAGUGUGAUGGCCAUGGCUCAGCUAGGUGCAGGUGGAAACACCCACAGAGCCUUGGCUGUAGCUUUGGGGUUUUCUCUGCAAGAGCGAGGGAUGCCUCGACAGCAGCGUCUGCUGCAGAGAGACCUGGCCAGUGAGGAGGGAGUGGACAUUACCAGUGGAGUGAUGGUGGAGAGAAAGAUGAGCCUGGAGAAGGGGUACCGUCGGGCCCUGGCCAAGACCUUCCAGACCCACCCCCACCAAGUUGACUUCACCAAUCCAGAGCAGGCCAUCAGUGUCAUCAAUGCAUGGGUCUCAGACCACACUGCAGGUACCAUUCCGGAGCUCCUGGCAUCUGGAUCUCUGACAGAGGAGACUCGCCUGGUCCUCCUGAAUGCUCUCCACUUCCAGGGUAUCUGGAAGAUUCCCUUUGACCCCAGACUGAGCCAGGAAAGGAUGUUUCACUGUGCUAACGGCAGUGAUGUUCCGGUCCACAUGAUGAGACUCACCCACAACUUUAACUAUGGUGAAUUUGUGACUGCUGAUGGGGUGGACUAUGAUGUGAUUGAGGUACCAUAUGAGGGGGAUUCACUGAGCAUGCUCCUGGUGUCACCGUUUGAACCUGAAGUUCCUCUGAGCAUCUUGACGGCGGGCCUGAGCAGCCAGAUGAUUCGGCAGUGGAGGUUGGAGCUGAGGAAUGUCAGGAAGCAGCUGGCCAUGCCGAGGUUUUCUCUAAACUCUGAUCUGAAUCUGAAGAACGCUCUUCGUAACAUGGGACUAGGAGACAUGUUCAACCAGGCAAAGGCUGACUUCACACGUAUAACCUCUGAUGAGCGGCUCUGCGUGUCCAAGGUCCUUCAGAGGGUGAAGAUCGAGGUGGAUGAACAAGGAACUAAAGGAGCAUCAGCAACAGCUGCAAUCAUGUUCUCUCGUAUGGCAGUGGAGGAGAUCACUCUGGACCGACCCUUCCUCUUUCUCAUUCAGCACAAACACACAGGUGCAGUUUUGUUCAUGGGUCAGUUCAACCAACCUCAAUAAGACUACAUCUCCUCCGGAUUCCCACCCUUACUUCUCAUCUCCUUUAUUUAUAAAUUUGUAUUUUUAAGUAUUUAUAUUUAUUAAAGUUUAAUGAUUUUGAAAAGUUUACUGUCU